UCUUUAUAUAAAUGUAACCCCCAGAUUGCAAUCUCCUUUAAACUUGUAAAUUUAAGCGAAAUUAAAGAAUAAAAUAUGGGUUUUAGAGCUCUGCCUCUUCACCACAACAGCGGCUUCGUCUCCACCACCAGAGUCCCGGCCUCAAGAAUAUCGCCGAGAUUUAGCCGGAGCCCUAGAUGGGUCGUUGUGUCGGCGAAGCAGGAUAAAGAUGAUGAGAAGAAGUCGAAGAAUGAAGAUGAGACUUCGUUGUUUACUAAAUUAACAGAUGCUUUGGACUUCUCACAGGUUCGGUCGGAGAAAGACGCUGAGCUUCUCUACGAGGCUCGUGAAGCCACCAAAUCUGGUGGCAAGAUGACCCAAGAACAGUAUGGGGCAUUGAGGAGAAAAAUCGGAGGCACAUACAAGGACUUUUUUAAAUCCUACGUUGAAGUGGAUGGGCAAUAUGUGGAGGAAGGAUGGGUGGACAAAACAUGCAAGAUUUGCAAAAAGGACACAAAGGGUGAGGCAAGACAAGUUGACAAGUUAGGGAGAUAUGUUCAUGUCUCUUGUCUUCAAAAUCCUCCCAGUUCUUCUGGAAAUUUCUUCACAAGGCUCUUCUCUAGAUGAUGAUCAGUUCCCCAAAUCAUAUGAAUAUGUUUGUGACUAAAUUCAUUCUUGCAAUUUUGUGUGUAUGUUAUAAUAGCAAUCGAAGUUAAUUUACAUACCCAAAAAAACAAACAUAAUGUUUAUUGUUAUUUUGUUAAACAAAGAGAGACAGAGGAGGGUACUAUA